GUUUCGUGAUAGUCGUUUCUCGGUUGCACAGGCACAGCUCUGACUUCCAGUGUGCCUGAAAAGAUCGUUGCAGUCUUUGAAGAGCAAUAUAAAAGAGAAAUCAUUCUUACCAUCAAUCAAAAGCCGGCUUGUACUGUAAUUUGACUGCUGAGUGUCUUUUGCCUUCGCCAUUAAAAUGAGCCUGGCACCGCACAGCGGACCGUUUGGCGCAUCACAGCAGGACUGCACAGUCACUGCGCUGGAUGAAUCAUUCACCAGCUUCAACAUGAGCAGCAGUGGCAGUUCUGGAGAAUACCUUCAGGAAGCAGAUUCAACAAUAAUUUCACAGAAAGAAGAUGGAAAGAAUUACAGCAUGAUGACUCCUGCAGAGAAACUAUCUCUUUGUGAGAGACGGGCUCAUUCUUUUGCUGAUAGUGAAGAGUAUGACCCAUGUAUCCAAGAGCUUAUCCGCUGCCUGGCACUGAGCAGACUGGUUUAUGGAAAUGAGCAUUUUGCAGUGGCCCAAGCCCAGUCAAGACUAGCUAAAGCUUACUUGCAAUACAAAGGAUGGGCACAUCAAGCACAGGAACAUGCAUCGCAAGCACAUGAAGUACUCAGUUUGUGUCAGCAGGAGGAGAGAUUGAGCUGCCUUAACUGCUUUCUUUCCAUACAUCAAACUCAUGGAAGUGCUGCUCUGCAUCUUGGAAAUUUAGCAGAAGCCGAGUCAAGCUUUCAGAAGGCAGAGAUCGUCUUAGGAGACAUAGUAGCACAAGAAGCCAUUGGAAAGGAGGACAGACUGGCCACGGAGUAUGAAAUAUUUACAAAUUUAGCAAGGGUGUACCAGCGGCAGGGAAGGCCAGAGAAGGCCCUCAGCCAGUUUGAAAGAACCCUGGAGCUGCUUCAUCAGGAAGAUCAGCUCAGUCGAAUCUGCUUUGUGUAUAGAAACAUGGCAGCCAUUGAACAGACUCAGGGGCAUCUGGAUAGUGCCAUUGAACAUCUCCUGAAGGCUCAUUCCAUUGCUGUUAGUCAGAGUGCUGGAGGUCUGGAAGGGGCUCAGAUCACUCACAGUUUGGCUCUGGCCUAUUCCUCCACUUCAGAGCCUCAACACAAUGUAGAUUUAGCAGCACGGUAUUUUGAAGAGAGUAUAAGUGCAUAUAGAAGUGCACUCGGCCCACAGGACAAACUCACACUGUCUGCUCAAGACGACUUCAGUCAUUUUCUCCUACUCACAGGACAACACGAGAGAUGUGCUGAGAUCCAGAGAGAGUCUCUGUCCCUGAAGAAGAGCACGUUUGGUGAGCUCAGCACUGAGGUAGCAGAAACGCUGCAGCUGAUUGGUGGAGUGGAGAUGACACAGGGUCACAUGAGACACGCCCACCGUACACUCAAGAAGUGUUUUGAAAUUCAGAGUCUGCUGUAUGGUCCUCAGCACAAGAAAACCAAAGCCACUCAAAGAAGCGUGGACAUGCUGUCUCAGUCGCCAGAGGUGAGUGAGAGACGUAAAGCAAGCCGCGUUGAAACAAGGCCUCCGUUCUGUGCAGUGGUUGCAUUUGCAUCUGAGGUGACAUCUAGUCUGUCUAACUCGUAACAACAGUGACCAGCAGGCUGAUCUAAUGAAUGCGGCAUAGGCUGUCAAGGAUGUUUGACCUCAUCCUUUUUCACCCAGGGAAAUCUGUGGGCUGGAAAAGAAUAAGGCAAUAUUCCUCGAACAGCACACAAGCUCUGCUGUGUCUUUAAUGUGAGUUGCUGAGUCUCAAAGUGGUUGGCAAGGUGACUAUAUCUCCAGUUCAGAAAAUGAGAACGUCCAACAGUGAUCUAAUACACCGUCACAGUGGUUUUCUGCAAACACUCCUUGACUAGAGAGUUUUCUUAUUUCUGAGAAUUGCUGAAAUGUGUGAGAAAUGUGUGUGAAAUGUGAGCUUUCAGGGUUUAUUUAUUGUUUGCAUAUAAACCAGUGUUCAAACAGUGAACAGACUAGUCUUUUUUAAAAAGUAAAACAGCACACAAAGCACCCUUUUUCUUUGUGAAUUUUUAUUUAAAAACAACUACAUCUGUUACCUGACAGCCCAAACCGUAUAUCUGUAAAAGAGGUUUCACACAGUGUUGGUUGAGUCAUAAAAGCCUAUACAUAGUUUAUAAGUGCUAAAACUCCACCUCGAAAGUUAAGGGAUGCAGGUAAACGUGACCCUGGAUUAAUUUUUUGGAAAUAGCCCAAAAUAUACUGUAAAAAAACAUAAGGAUAUAAUUAAAGAUCAUGUUCCAUGAAAA